AUGGUCAACUCGAGCCGGCCUAGGCCAAUGGUCGACCCCUGCCGGUCCGAAGGUUCAACCAAUCCAGGUCGAGUUGAAGCAUGCAUUUCUCUUACGUUUUUUUUUUUUGUAUUUGUCACCUUCCCACGCCUCUUACACACCUCCCUCAUUCUCCAAAUCUCCAAAUGCAAAACACUUCAUCUUCCUCUCCCUCUCUCAUUCUUAUUUUAUUCUUGCCCUAUCUCCUCCUCUAAAUUUCUCACCAUAUCCUUUCUGUCGCAUUUUGGGCAUGGUGAUGAGUUAAAGAGGAAAAGACACUUGAAUGGGACAUAUUUUGAUAAUUUGAGGAGAAGGAAGGCUUUUAGUAUGGAGUGGUGUUGGAUAUGUAAUGUUGAUUGUGAACCAGUAGAAGUGAUGACGUGAUUGACUUCAAAGACAUUAUGAUUCCAAGACGAAUGAAUUAUAAACUUUUGUAUUUUAUAUUUUUCAUUGCGUGUGAUGCUUG